CCUAAUUUUUAAUACCUUUUCGAUUAAUGCCGCGUGCAGGUGUAUUUACGAGUGGGAAAGGGAAAGGGAAAAGUGAGUGGGGAACUGAUUUUGUACUCUCGGUGGGGACUGGUGGAACUCGAAAGUCUUUACGAGUCGUGUGAUUCGGCUCACUACAGUUUUCGCUAUGGCGUGUAUAGGGUCGAGUAGGCUCUGUGCUCGUGCAGAGAAAUUGUGCCAGUUUGGACAUUUCGCCCAAUUACGAAGGAAAGUUUCCACGACAUGUGUCAAGUCACGACCCAGAAUCGAACAUCCGACAAGUACUUUAGUUCAACAUUGUCAGAGUAGAACGAGCACACGAGACUGCAGGACGAACGUCGCAAGGAUGAUGAGUUCUAUGCAGACACAGUUGCCAGGAUCCGUGCACGAUUAUCAAGUCGAUCCUUACCGACUUAUCGAGGAUGACCUCAAGGGUUUCUACGAAGAUGUACGAGAGGUACUCAUCAGGAACACGACGCAGAAGGAGCUGCAGACUAUAUCGACGUACUACUUCGACGGCAAGGGAAAGGCCGUACGACCGAUGGUAGCGAUCCUCAUGGCACGAGCUAUCAAUUAUCACAAGGAAAGAAACGGUCUCUUGUUAUCGCAGCGACAAGUGGCGAUGAUCUCCGAGAUGAUCCACAACGCAUCCUUGAUCCACGACGACGUAAUCGACCAGCCGGACUUCCGCCGUGGUAAACCCUCGAUCAAUGUCGUUUGGAGCCAAAAGAAGGUAACGAUGGCUGGUGAUUAUAUUUUGGCAGUAGCGGCGGUUAUGAUAGCUCAACUACGAAACGACGACGUCACUCUUACUCUUAGUCAGGUCGUGACGGACCUGGUGCAGGGUGAAUUUAUGCAGCUUGGCUCUAAGGAGACGGAGAACGAGAGAUUCGCGCAUUACCUCACGAAAACAUACCACAAGACCGCCAGUUUGAUCGCCAACGCCUCAAAGGCGGUGGCCAUGCUAGCGGGUGCCGAUGAUGAACUAGCGGAAGUAGCUUUCCAAUACGGAAGAAAUGUCGGUUUAGCGUUUCAAUUAGUCGACGAUCUUUUGGAUUUUGUAUCAUCUUUGCCAACAAUGGGCAAACCGACCGCAGCGGAUUUGAAACUGGGCCUCGCGACUGCUCCAGUUCUUUUUGCUUGCGAACGGUAUCCAGAAUUAAACGCGAUGAUCAUGCGCCGAUUUCAAGAACCAGGGGACGCCGAGAAAGCGUUCGAGCUGGUGCACAAAUCGCAGGGCCUCGAUCAGACGAGAUUCCUGGCGCGAAAGCAUUGCGUGGAAGCCGUGAAACUCGCACAGUCGUUAGCCGAAAGCCCGUACCAAAAAGGCUUGCAAGUCGUCUGCGAUUUGGUACUGAAUCGCAUGAAGUAGUGAUCGGAGACGAUCACGAUACGAAUUGCGUGUACGACAAAAGUAAAGCGUAAGGCGAAACGUCUGGGGAAGGAAACUAGUAGUCGCAAAGAACGAACGUUGGCAUCGAAAAGCGCCAAUUAUUACACAUUUGCAUCAAGAUAAGCAUAACGUGCCCUUGAUACGACAAAGUGUUCAGAUACUAUCGAAGAAUCGAAGAGACGGUCACGAUAUUCUUGUUAAUUCGCUCGAAACUCGUGAACUCGUCUUCGAUAAUUAUUGUUAAUGGUACUUACAAUUCUAUACUUGAACUUGUAUGUCCGUAACAUAGACGUUUAUGAUAGUUGAUUUUGCUGAGAAAAAGAUAUUAACGGGAAAUUACAAUUUCGAAAAGUUUCGUAUGUAACGCGACGGAAAAGGUAUAUUAAUCAUGUUGUUGAUUGUCCACAAGGCAAUAUCGAGAAACGACCGACAUCGUGAUUACGGGACCGAUGCCUUGUUCGGAUUUUAGGAUGUUAAUGAAUUACAGUGUAUUUAAAAAGCGAAAAGUCGCUCUACAAGUGCCCAGGUACAUCUUGCAGAAAAGAAAGACACAACAUUUAAGAGAAUGUAAAGAGAUGAACGAUAACGUUCACUUCGCUCUAUAGUGCACAUAUUACCUGAUUUUUAUCGAUAUUGUCGUUAGCCAAUCAUAAGUGUAAAUAAAAUGACGCAUAGGAGUAGUUACGUACGUAUUAGAAUUGGUAACUCUGUGCUCGAUUGUUCUCUGGUAGAACUUGUAUACUAUUUCUCGACGGGACUUAUACAACGAACAAAUGCGAAACACUUUCCAUGACAGUAUUUUGAGUUCAACUAAUUGGGUAUUGUGUAUUGUAAAAUAAAUAAUUCAUGUAGUAAUGAGACUUCAAAUUCUCUUCUUUCUUUUAAAUUCGACGUUACGAUACAUGUCAAAAAAUGACAACUACGAAUAUACGAGUACAUUUAGCUUACAACGAGGAGCAACAAUCGCGUGGGUGCCAAUACUAAUUAACAGCAUAAUUUAAUGUUUAAAACGUGCGAAGAAUAUCUGCCAAAGAAGAUCGUAUUGGUCUUAAUUCUUCCACUCAUUUGAAAACCGUAUUUUCGGCCCGUCGAUUUCAAUAGGAAUUGUCUGUUACUAUAAUUAAUUGGCGUAUUUUAAAUCAAUGAAAUUACUAAAAUGCCUUCGUAGAAUUAUUUUAUCUUUUGAUGCAAAAAGAUGUCUAAUGAAAAUGGAAUACCAUCAUUCCACGGUCUGUCGCAUGAAAGCUGCUCAAAACAUGUACUACAUAACGAAACAUAUAGGUAUAAAUGUAUAAUAACUUAUAUUUAUAACAUGAAUUAAUGUAUAUAAUUGCUCUUUAAGGUAACACAAAUCACUGUUGUAAGAUUAUUAAUGAGAACAAACGCAAAAUAUGUAAUUAUGUUCAAACUUAGAUGUACGUUAGAGUAAAGAGAUUCUCGAUUGGUACGCAGAACAGAAAUAAAUGAAGCUCUCGAUCUUCUGCACAUCUUACAAUCAUUACAUUUAUCAUUCAUUUAGAUCGUGCAUGUUACUUCUUUGGAAUUGUUAUAUAUAGUCAAAUGCUAUGUCUAUCAGAAUGAGAAAUUAGUCUAUCGAUUGAAAUGAAAUGAUUUUAAUAAUCGUCCGUACGUUUAAAAGUAUGUGCAAAUGCACUGGUGAUAUAAAACACAAGUGAAAUCUAUUUUUCAUGUGAAUCAUGCAUGCGAAUAUUGUAAUUAAUUAAUAUUAAAAUACGUAUACCGGAGCAAAAUUCUGGAAUUGUAGUAUUGCAAGAAAUGAGUAUUUCGACUUUAGAUCGAUUAGCUUCAUUAUUAAUAAAAUUGUAAACCGAC